CGGAAGAGCACAAAGUCAGUUAAACUGCUGAACAGACAACACCUCUGCUGUUGCGUGAAACAACUGGAUGUGAGUAGAUGUUUUAGUUUGGAGUUAUUAACCACCUACACUGCAUAGUGAAAUAUAAACAAAAUCAUAAUAGAUAUUUACUGCUCAUUAGUGUGAUUACUUCUUUCAAAGCGAGAGUACAUUUUCUGUCAUGUCUGAAGACGCCAAGAUUGUGGUGAUUGGUGCAGGAUUUGCAGGUCUGGCUGCAGCAGCCACUUUGAUCAAGGCUGGAUUUCAGGAUAUCAAGAUCCUUGAAGCUAAAGAUCGUGUAGGAGGAAGAGUUUGCACUACUAAACCAUUUACAGAGAACAUUAUCGAACUUGGUGCUAACUGGAUCCAUGGGCAGAAGGGAAAUGACCUUUACAAACUAGCAAAAAAACAUAAUCUACUAGCUGAAAAAGCUUUGCGUGACAGUUCUGAAAGUUCUCAAGACUACUUUUUUAAAGAGGAUGGAAAACACUUGCCAGAUAAACUUGCUGAUGGGGUCACCUCUCUAUUUGAGAAACUCACCUCCAAGGCAUUUGACUCAGAGUUGCCAAAAAAGUACAGAGACCUUACUUUGGGAGAUUACCUUGAUGUGUCCUUUGCUGAAUCACCUUUAGCUAAUAAAGAAGAUGGAUCAAGAAUUUUUGAAUGGUGUAAACGAAAUGAAUGCACAGAUGAGGCUGUAUCUUCUUUGUUUGAAGUGUCUGCAUCUCAGGCUAGUGAAUAUAUUACACUGGAUGGGGAGUUUUUAAAUUCCCUUGGUCCUAGAGGCUAUCAAGCAAUUUUAGAUCUUCUUCUGAAUGGUCUACCUACAGGAACUAUUCUCAACAAUACAGCAGUGAAAAGCAUCCAGUGGGACUUGAAUGCAAGCUCUGAGAGCGACGAAGACGAAGACGAAGAACAGGACUAUGAUGUAAAAGUGAUCUGUGAAAACAAUAAAAUCUUUGAUGCUGAUCAUGUGAUUGUGACUGUAUCUCUGGGGGUUUUAAAACAAAAAGCAAGAACAAUGUUUGAACCUGCCUUACCAAAAUCAAAGCUGGAUGCUAUUGAGAGGCUCGGCUUUGGUACCGUGGACAAGAUCUUCCUGUGUUUCAGUGAAAGAUUUUGGCCAGAAGACUGUGCAGGAAUCCAACUUGUGUGGGACGAGGGACCUGAAGAUAAGACAGUCUAUAGCAGUCAACAUGAAGAGGAUACCUGGGCAGAGACAUGGUUUAAAAAGAUUUCUGGAUUUGAUGCAGUGGCCCGUCAUCCUACAGUGCUCUGUGGCUGGAUCACGGGCAAAGAGGCUCUUCAUAUGGAGACAUUGCCAGACAGUGAGGUUCGAGACACCUGUGUAAGAUUGCUCAGGUCUUUCACUAGCUGGCCUGUUCCUGAUGUGUCCAAAGUUCUGAUCACUAAGUGGGGUCAUGACGCUAAUGUCUACGGCUCCUAUACAUUCAUUCCCAAGGGGGUGAAUGGUGUGACAAAUCAGAAAGCACUAGCAGCACCUCUUCCUCCACAGACAAAAGCUUCAGACACAGAGCCUCUGCAGGUGCUGUUUGCAGGUGAAGCCACUCAUGAGAACUUCUACACCACCACCCAUGGAGCCUAUCUAUCUGGGGUCAGAGAAGCAGAGAGACUCAUUAAACUGUACAAUAAUUAAGCCAUUAAGGAAUCUGUCCAUAGAGAACAUGCUGUGUGCUUUUAGGUUUUUUUUCCAUGUUAAACCAUGAAAGAUUACAAUUUUAUCAGUAAUAAUAUAAUUAUAAAAAAUAUUAAAAUAACCAAUUAAAAUAAUUCUACUGUAUACCACCAGGUGGCGCUAUUGUAAAGCUCACUUUUACUUGUAAUAUUAUAGUUAACAGCAAGAUUCACAGUAUGUAAGACCCUAAAUUCAUCAUUUUGUCAUUAAAACACAAAAUAAACAAGGUCUCAGCCAAUAAGAAGGGAAAUGAAAUAAAGCAAUAAUCAAAUAAAGCAAUAAAAUAGUUGAACACUUAAAUACAGAGAAGGAGGUUUGUAACUAAAUGUCAGGGUGGUAGAUUUUCAAGCAGUUGUUUGAGUAAAUAGAUUAGCAAAGCUGCUACAAUCAGAGCAUUGAAGAGCAAACAGAGCAGAGGUUUGAGCCUCACUAUGUUCUCUUUUCUAACACUUAAUCUCAUGAAACACUUUACUUAUUGGUGAAUAUUUUCAAGUGCUGUUCAGAAAAUAAAUACAAAAGUGUUAGGGUUAGGGUUAGGGUACAUUGCUACUUCUCAGUUAUUACAUGGGGUAUGGAGUAUUGUUAUCAUUAUUGCUGUUAUUAUUGUUAUUACUAUUGUUAUUAAUAACAAUACUUGUUAUUUAACCAAACUUUUCCUUAACGUUCUUAUUAUUAAAUGAAUAGACUCUGUUGACAUUAGGCAUAUUUUUAUAUAGUUGACACUCAAAGACUUGAUAUUUGCUUUUCUUUUGCAUACUAUAACAAAUAUAGGUUACACUUGUUUAUGAUUAUGUCUUUAGCCUGGAUUUUGUCUUACUGUCGAUGAACUCUAUGUACAUUUGACUACAUGUGUUAUUUAACCUACAUGUAUAAUAAAACUAGGUAUAAAAGAG